GCUGGUGGUGGGUGGGCCAUCGUCUGCGGUUGUCGUCGUCAUCACCGCGUCGACGUAUCCACUAUCCGCCGCGCCAUCAAACCGCACGCACACCUAUGCGCGCAAUGGCGUCCAACGACAACGGUGACUUCGACACGGAUCUGGCUGCGGCACCUGCGAAACGCAUGCGGUACUCGUUUGCCGAUGAAAUUGCCCAAAGUUCGCAUUUUGAAGCAUUUGGACAACGAUACACCGGGUUCCCGUCCGGCGAAUGUUACGCCAAUAAUUUAUACCAGCCAUCAUAUAAGUCUUUAGAUACUCUAUCACCAAAUUAUUUACAACCAAAUUCACCAACCCCUCCAUUAACUAUGUCUUCAAGUUUACCAGAAUCUCCAGAAGACUCAAGUAUUUUUGACGAAAGUUCAGACACUAAAGAGGAACCCGAGGAUGAUGAUUCAACUUCCACAUCCAGCUCAGGUUCCUGUUCACAUUCUGAUAAUGCUGAUUCUGAAAAAGGAGCACCUGGUUCAAUGAAUUGGGUACAACGACAAAUUAUGGGCGGUAUAAAUCCAAGACGGCUGUUACAUCAAGUAUUUGGAGCUUCUGUUCCAUCUCAAUUAGAAGAUAUAACAUUAUGGAGAAUAAUCAUGAAUAUGACUGAUGACUCUCCAAUACGAAAUCGACUACGUAGUGUUAGUUCACUUGAUGAUGUUGUUAGGUUACUGAAAACAAGCAGUCGUAUUAUGGUUCUCACUGGUGCAGGUGUCUCGGUUUCUUGUGGAAUACCAGAUUUUCGAAGUCAUAAUGGAGUUUAUGCUAGGCUAGCAACAGAAUUCCCUGACUUACCUGAUCCACAAUCUAUGUUUUGCAUAGACUAUUUCAGUAAAGAUCCCAGGCCAUUUUUUAAAUUUGCCAGAGAGAUCUAUCCAGGACAAUUUAAGCCAUCACCAUCUCAUCAAUUUAUUAAACUCUUAGAAAAAAAGGGACGGCUCUUACGCAAUUACACUCAAAACAUAGAUACAUUAGAACAAGUUGUUGGUAUUAAUAAUGUUAUUGAAUGUCACGGAUCUUUUGCUACUGCAUCAUGUACUCAAUGUGGACACAAAGUAUCAGCAGAAACUAUAAGACCUGAUGUAUUUGAACAAAGAAUCCCACGUUGUCCAAUAUGUGUUAAUAGUACUGGUAUUAUGAAACCAGACAUUGUAUUUUUUGGAGAAGGUCUCCCAGAUAGUUUCCAUAAAGCAAUAGAAGAUGAUAAAAAUAAUUGUGAUUUAUUGAUAGUUAUUGGAUCAUCAUUGAAAGUGCGACCUGUAGCUCGCAUACCCAAUAUGUUAAACAAACAUGUUCCACAAAUAUUAAUAAAUCGUGAAAGACUGCCGCAUAUGAACUUUGAUGUUGAACUUCUUGGUGACAGUGAUGUUAUUGUGGAUCACCUCUGUCGCAUGCUUGGUUCAGAUUGGACUGAGUUGUGUUGGUGUAAAGAAGAGUUGACUGAAACUUCAACUUUGACUACACCUACUUCAUCGCCAAGGUCUAAUGCAACUGUAAUUGAAACAGUAGAAGGUGAGAUGUCUACUGAUUCUACAAGAGAUAGUGCCAAUAGUAUGUCACCACCGCUUGGUGAUGAUAGAUUUGCCCCGAGUACUUCAGGCGAGCAACGACAUUUAUCUACAGAUACUACAAGAGAUAGUGGUAUUGAUCCAGACGAUCCUCAAAAAUCUAGUCUAGCCACGUAUUUACCAUCCAAUAAAUAUUACAUGUUGAAAAAAAGAAGAUACAUGUUUUCUGGUGCUGAAGUGGAUUUAAAUGACAUGAACGAUGACAGUGAAACAGAAUCAGACUCAAGUGAAAAAUCUGAAACUCCGUUACAUUAAAAUAAAUUAUUCUACAAUUUAAAUAUUUAGCUCAAUCGUUACUUAACUAUCACAAGCUAAUAAUAUUGUUUUUGCUUUCAUUCAAUAAUGUAUAAUAUUGUCUCCUCUUUAUCUUGUAUUCCUUAACAUUUUUCUGUUCUUUAUUAUUUUAUUUAUCCUCAAAUUUAUUAUUUUUCCAUUUUUAAUUUAUGUAGCCAAAUUACCUUUCAUAUAUAUAAAUAUAUGUAAAUAUAUAAUGUACAUAUACAAUACAAAUGUUUAAUAAUUAGUGAGUGAAAAUAACGGUCAAUUAUUCAUUAAAAAAGUUAUUUUCUGUAAUUAUUUAAGUACUAGGGAUAUUUUUUUAUUAAUAAAUAUUAUUUAAUUUUUUUAUAAUAAAAUGUACUCUUCAUAUUGAUGUAUAUUUUAAUAAAAAUAAUAUAAAAAAAUGAGAACCUUUCAUAUAUUUAUUAACAUUAAAUCAUAAAUCACUCUUGUGUAGUAACUAUCAAGAUUAUUGUAUACUUUUUAUUGAUAACAUACUUCAUUUAUAAUAAACAGUAUAAAAUAAAGUUCUUGAAAAUUAAAUUUAAAGUAGUGAUUAAUUUUGAAACAAAAAUUUUAAAGUUAUUCGAUGUAACAUCAAAAUUAUGGGUAUUUAUUAUACUUGAUAUUCGUUUAUGUAAUUAAAUUUUACAGAAAAGUAGCUUAGAUUUAUUAUUUUAAUAUAUAUAUAAUAAUAAAUUUAAUUAAGUCACUGAUUGAAAUGCUAAUAUAUGAUAAUAUUAGUGCAUUUAAAAUUAAUUAGUUGUAAAAAUUCAAAUAUAUUUUCUUAAAAAGAAAAUAUAUGAUUUUUUAAGUGUUGAGGUGUAUGGAGAAUGUUAAUGAUUUUUAGUCUGUAUUUUUUAAAUGUAAAUUUUUUAUUUAUUACGUCACUCAUUUUGUUGUGCUAAAAAUUGUAACAAUACACCAUUAAAAAAAAUACAUAGGAAAACAAAUGAUGUGUUCAAAAUGUUAUAAUUUACCGUGUUCCUUUGCAAAACAGAUUAGCAAUACAUAAUUAUUAAUUAUAUUUAGUUACUAUGUUGUUAGUUUAUUUUAUAUUGUAAUUAAAUUUUUUUAUUUUGAGAGUAUUAAGUUUUAAGUUAUAUACUGUAUAAUAUUUAAAUGUUAAGGUGGAUUUUUUUAAUAGACAAUAUCAAAACUGUAUUAACUUACAAUCAUUAAGUACUUACUCAAAUUUAGUAAUUUAAGUUGGAUAUUCUUUAACCUAAUUUUAAUUUGCUAAUAUUUAUGUUAUAUUUAUGUAAGUAAUAGUGGUAAAACCAAAUCUUCUCUAUUUUUUUUAUAAUGCUUUUUCUUUAGUUAAAAUAAUCGUGCAAACAAAUAAAUACUCUUUUAAUAAUUA